UUUAAAUAAAACAGAGGUUGUUUUGUUUUCGAAGAAUUCUUAUUCAAUUUUGUGGGGUAGAUUGUAAGGAACUAUACAAUUACGUUGCGAAGUGAGCUACGACUGCUACAGCUAGUACUAAAUGUGAGGUUGCAGCCAGCACAUUUCCAACUAUUCAGUUGUCGGCGUUACGCUACAACGGUGGUCAGUGCGAACAGGUGCGCGACUUUGCUGUUUGCGGCCACUACUCGAAACCCAUAAAUUAUUACUUAAACGAGCUCCUGUUUCAAGAAGUUGGCAUGCAUCAGCAGCGGGGUUUGCUGAAUGGUGGCUCUUACAUUUGCCUCGGUGAAGUAUACCGGGGUACCACAGUGCCCAACAAAAAGAAUAAUGUUAAGAAAAUCCUUCGCCUUGGAGGGGCAGCUAAGAAGAAAUUAGACCCCUAUUUUGAUGGUUGUGUAUCUGAUAUGACUGAGGUGUUGACGGAAAAUACCUUUGAAGAUCCAGAAAAGCCGCUUCUGAAAAUGCCUAUCAGUGCUGAAGAGACCGCCCUACUCGGCAUGGAUGACAUCGAGCUGAAGAACAUCCAGCUGCAGUUCCCAAGCGCUCGUCGGUUCAGCGGCGAGGGGGGAUGCGUCGAGGUGCGUGUGCGCACCGAUCGCGGCGAUAUCGUCGUCGCGGUACAAGGCGACCGCUCCAAGCCAGCCAUCAUUACGUACCACGAUCUUGGACUCAACUAUGUUUGCUUCCAACCGUUCUUCAACUUUGUGGACAUGAGGGCGCUCUUAGAAAACUUCUGUGUGUACCACGUAAAUGCGCCGGGACAAGAGGACGGGGCUCCGAGCCUACCUGAAGAGUGA